AUGCUCGCCGCGCUGCCGAGGGCGCCCUCGCGCCUCCUCGGCGCGUCGCGCGCGUCGUGUCGCGAUGGUCGCCGGGUUAAGCGCGCGCACGCGACGUCGAGACGAGACGAGACGACAGCGACGUCGGAUGGCGAAAAUCGGAGGAUCUCCCCGCGGCCGUCGCUCGCGGCGAUCCCCGCCGCGAUGUUCGCCUCCGCCGCGCGCGCGAUGGACGAGUUCGUCGUGACCCCGGCGCCGCCCGGGUACGUCCCGUCACCCCUAGACGACGGCGACGGCACCGCGCAGUUCGUCGUCUUCCUCGUCUGCGGCGUGUGCGCGCUCGUCGGGAUGAAGGUCUCCUUCGACGGCGAAGCCGCGGCGUCGGAGGAGGCGCUGGACGAGAAAGUCGCCGCUCAGGUCGCCGCGAUGAGCGCCGCGGAGACGUUGGAGUUGGCGGGGACGUCCGCGUCCGAGAUCGCGGCGGACCCCGCGAAAGCGGCCGAGGCGUUCGACGCGGCCGGGCUCGCGCGCGUGGACGCGGCGAUAUCCGAAACCGCCGCUGCGGAGCUCUUAGCGGAAGUGAACGCGACGCUGGACGAGGAGCUCGCGCGCGCGGGCGACCGCGGCCUGCCGUCGGACGCGUUCGGGAACGUGUACUGCAAAGGAAACAGAUACGAUCUGAAGCUACUGUGCGAGUUCGCCGCGCUCGUGUCCGACCCCGGAUCGAAGCGUCAGCCGGUGCACCCGGACACGAACUACCGCAGGGACCGGUGCGUCGUGACAUCGUUCGUCGCGCUGCAGGACGUGGAGGCGGACAUGGGACCGACGGUGUUCAUCCCGGGGAGUCACGUCGCGGCCGCGCACUUGGCGUUUCGCGACGCGGGGGAGAGGGGCGGGCCCGCGCUCGCGGCCCCGAAUAGGGUCGCGACGUUGCGCACCGGGGACGCGUCGAUGUUCGACUCGAGACUGCUGCACUGCGGGGGAGGGAACGCGUCGAGCAAGCGAAGGGUGUUGUUUUACUUCUCCUUCGAAGUCGACGGCUCGGAGAAUCCGAACUCGGGGGUUUCUUCGAUUCGCGACGAGCUCCGGGGGAAGUACACCCUCGCGGAUUUGUGA